CUUAGUCUUGGUCGUGGUCAUGGUUGUCUUACUCUUAUCAGACAGUUCUUUCCUCUUCUUACGGUUCGAGUAGUCGAGAUAUACGAGGUUCACGUGGUUCUUCCACUGCAAAAAGUAAAAUAACACACAAAUAUAUAAAUAUGCAUAAUUUAAAAAACAAAAAAGAAAUUGCAAAAAAAAUAAAAAAUAGAAAUAACAGCAACCCAUUUUCGACCUGUCGAUUUUCCCUACAUUUUCGACAACAACCUGUCGAAAAUGAAUAACUCAAAAUUUCAAUUUCAUCCAACAAUCGACCGAAAAGUGUCGACUUCAAAAGUUUCGACAGGAAUAUGUCGAAAAUUGUGAAAACAUCGACACUUUCAGGUCGUUUUUCGAAGACGAAGAAUAAACCAAGAAAUCUCAAAUCAAUGCUUAAAUUGACUGAAAUUAUUGGUACCCAUCAGCAAAUAAAGAUCAUUCCUUGCCUAAACAAUCAAAUCCUAACUAUCCAUAUCAAAUUUAUCUCAAUAUCUAAGAAAAUGAAGAAAAAAAAAAUCUAACUCUUACUUGGGAAUACGACGGCGGCAUGUUCGUUUUGGGUGGCAACGAUCAACAAUGGUCAGCGCGACGGCAGUAGGUGGCGGACGGACGAUCGGAAUUUUUUUGGGAGAAUUUUUCUUUUAAUUUGUAUUAAACUAAGAAAUCUUAAUAUAUUGUGAUAUAAGUUGAUAUUUUUAAAAAAUUAUGGGGACAAAUGUGCAAAUUGGCGAUUAGACUAGGUGCCAAAAGCCCAAUUACCAAAAUAUUUAUAAGGCUAAUGGUUGCCCGGACAAAUUAAGAAUUCGUUCCCACGCGCCGCUGCACUGCACGCGAAGAAGAAGAAGAUGAAGUGGAGAGGUUUUCGAAGUCCCCCAAUUCUCAACUACAACAGAAUCUAUCACCACCGCCGGCGUUUUCACUUCACCACAUUCCUCCGCAAGGUACAACCUGCUCCACCACGAUCCUUCCUCGGCGGCGCCGCCGCCGCCGGUAGCAAUGGCAGCAACUCGCAGUCGCAGGGUAAUUCUUUCUUAGUACCUGGGGCAACUUUGGCAACCAUAUUUAUGCUUGGUGCUCUUCACGCUCGUCGUCUAUAUGAUGAUAAUAAGAUUGAAGAGGCCAGAUCAAAAGGGGUUGAAUUAGAGUUCCAACCAGAUGUCAAGGCAAGAUUCUUGAGAUUGCUACCGUUGCGCUCCAUUUCAAGGCUAUGGGGUUCCGUGACUGGUGUGGAACUUCCCGUUUGGCUGCGACCAUAUGUAUACAGAGCAUGGGCUCGAGCAUUUCAUUCCAACUUGGAAGAAGCCCAACUCCCUCUGGAAGAAUAUGCAUCUCUACGGGAGUUUUUUGUUCGCAAGUUGAAAGAAGGCUCAAGGCCUAUCGAUUAUGACCCGUACUGUCUGGCGAGUCCUGUCGAUGGGACUGUGCUGAGGUUUGGCGAGUUAAGAGGACCAGGGGCUAUGAUUGACCAAGUAAAGGGAUGUACUUAUUCGGCUUCUUCACUACUCGGUGCAAACUCGUAUCUUCCGAUGAUUGCUGCAGGAGAUGCUAAUGAAGAAGAAAAUAUUGGGGAAGAGAACACCACCAUGAAAUCUGCAACCCAGAAGUCGUGGUGGAGAAUUUCGUUGGCUUCUCCUAAAGUUAGAGAUACUGAAUCAUCCAGCCCCUUGAAAGGGCUGUUUUAUUGCGUAAUUUACUUGAAGCCUGGAGACUACCAUCGGAUACACUCUCCUGGUGAUUGGAAUAUUCUCAUUCGUCGGCAUUUUACAGGUAAUCUUUUUCCAGUGAACGAGCGUGCAACAAGAACUAUCAGAAGUUUGUAUGUUGAAAAUGAACGGGUGGUGCUUGAAGGUCAGUGGCAAGAAGGCUAUAUGGCUAUGGCAGCAGUUGGUGCAACAAAUAUCGGUUCCAUUGAGCUUUUUAUCGAACCAACUCUGAGGACAAAUAAUCCGCAAAAGAAACUGCUGCAUUCAGAGCCCCCCGAAGAACGGUUAUAUGAACCUGAAGGCAAAGGAGUGCUUCUUAAAAAGGGAGACGAGGUAGCUGCUUUCAACAUGGGGUCAACCGUGGUGCUAGUCUUCCAAGCUCCAAUUUCCCAAUCUUCGGAAUUUAGUUUUUGCGUAAAGAGGGGCGAAAGAAUACGAAUGGGAGAAGCACUGGGAAGAUGGAGCGACUAAUAAAAGGAGGCUACUCCAUUGAGGCCUUGUUUUUCACAUAAUACUAUUUUUGCAUACAUUUAACCAAUUUUUUCUGAACUUUGACAAACAUGUAUCAAAAUUAUCAAUUGGCUUAGGUUGUUAUUGGUCAUAAACUUAUUUAUUGGCUAAACCAUUUAGGUAAUCCGUUUAAAUGUAAAGUGAAGUUUUCAAUACACUUCUAAUUUCUAGUAUUUGAAAAUUGUGUUGUGAUACCGACUAUUUCAAUGAUAGUUAUAUUUAUUUUUUA